AGACACUGAGUCUGGAAUGAAAAUUCACCUGCCUCUGAGUUGGCUGCUGGUGGGGGGAGGGGUGUUACUUGGGUUCCCAGGUUGGAAGAUUAUCUCACCCAGCCCAAGCUAUAUAAACCAACCUGUGUGCAGGGCCCCGGCAGGGCCGCCUCCAGAGGUUCCUUCUCCAGGAGAAAAACAUACAGACACCCUUUAGCCAACAUGAUGAUGCUGAACGUGGAAGAGCUGGUCACAGGGAAGAAGAACAGCAAUGGAGAGGCAGGGGAAUUCCUUCCUGAGGAUUUCAGAGAUGGAGAGUAUGAAGCCGCUGUUACUUUAGAGAAGCAAGAGGAUCUGAAGACACUUCCGGCCCACCCUGUGACCUUGGGGGAGCAGCAGUGGGAAAGGGAGAAACAACGAGAGGCGGAGCUCAAAAAGAAAAAACUAGAACAAAGAUCAAAGCUGGACAAUUUAGAAGACCUUGAAAUAAUCAUUCAGCUGAAGAAAAGGAAAAAGUACAAGAAAACGAAAGUUCCAGUUAUGAAGGAACCAGAACCUGAAAUCGUUACAGAACCUGUGGAUGUGCCUAUGUUUCUGAAGGCUGCUCUGGAGAAUAAACUGCCAGUAGUAGAAAAAUUCUUGUCAGACAAGAACAAUCCAGAUGUUUGUGAUGAGUAUAAGCGGACAGCUCUUCACAGAGCAUGCCUGGAAGGACAUUUGGCAAUUGUGGAGAAGUUAAUAGAAGCUGGAGCCCAGAUUGAAUUCCGUGAUAUGCUUGAAUCCACAGCCAUCCACUGGGCGAGCCGAGGAGGAAACUUGGAUGUUUUAAAAUUAUUGCUGAACAAAGGAGCAAAAAUUAGCGCCCGAGAUAAGCUGCUCAGCACCGCGCUGCACGUGGCGGUGCGGACCGGCCACUAUGAGUGCGCAGAGCACCUCAUCGCCUGCGAGGCCGACCUCAGCGCCAAGGACAGAGAAGGAGACACCCCCUUGCAUGACGCUGUGAGACUGAAUCGUUACAAGAUGAUCCGACUCCUGAUCAUGUAUGGCUCCGACCUCAACAUCAAGAACUGUGCUGGGAAGACCCCAAUGGAUCUGGUUCUACACUGGCAGAAUGGAACUAAAGCAAUAUUCGACAGCCUCAAAGAGAGCUCCUACAAGAUCUCCCGCAUAACCACAUUCUAAGGGAAACGACAGACUCUUCGCUCAUAUUUUGAAGGCACAGCCCAAAAGAAGAUCAACAAGCCAUAAAGUCUAAUUUCUGUUUAUCAACAUAUUGUGAAGAUAGAUGUUCCUAAUGAAGUUUCAAGAAAGCA